GCCCGGGCUCCGGGUGGGCAGGCGUGAGGCGGGCGAAGUUUCUCCGCGGCGCCGGGCCCCUCCGAGGCGCUGCGGGCGGGGAAGAGCCUGGCCCCGCGGAGCUGGGGGAGCUGACACCGCCGCCGCCAGCAGAGCAGCCCGGCUUUGGCCAUGAAGAGGAAACAGAAAAGGUUUCUGCAAAUGACGCUGCUCUUCACCGCGGCUCUGAUUUUCCUGCCCGACAUCGGCCUCUGGUCUCUGUACAAGGAGAAGCACCUGGUGAAGCCGCCCGAAGGAGCGGAGCCGCAGACACUUCCUUUGGGGCUGGGAGAUGGACAGCUCUUUACCUGGACUGAUGGCCUGAAAAGGAAGGACUGGCAUGAUUAUGAAAGCAUUCAAAAAGAUGCUAUGCGUUCAGGGAAAGGUGAACAUGGGAAACCGUACCCUCUUACAGAGGAAGACCAUGAUGAUUCUGCUUAUAGGGAAAAUGGCUUCAACAUAUUUGUUAGCAACAACAUAGCACUGGAACGAUCCCUGCCAGACAUCCGACAUCCUAACUGUAAGCACAAGGUGUACUUGGAAGCACUACCAAACACCAGCAUCAUCAUCCCGUUCCAUAACGAAGGCUGGACUUCGCUCUUGCGCACGAUCCACAGCAUCAUCAACCGCACUCCAGACAGCCUGAUCGCAGAGAUCAUUCUGGUGGAUGACUUCAGUGACAGAGAGCAUUUGAAGGAGAAGCUGGAGGAGUACGUGGUGCGGUUUGCCAAGGUGAGGAUCGUGCGCACCAAGAAACGCGAAGGGCUCAUUCGGACCCGGCUGCUGGGAGCCUCGCUGGCUCGAGGAGAAGUCCUGACAUUCCUGGAUUCCCACUGCGAAGUCAACGUGAAUUGGCUGCCACCCUUGCUUAACCAGAUUGCACUUAACCACAAAACCAUCGUGUGCCCUAUGAUCGAUGUCAUUGACCACAAUCACUUUGGCUACGAGGCCCAGGCGGGGGAUGCCAUGCGAGGAGCUUUUGACUGGGAAAUGUACUACAAAAGAAUCCCGAUUCCUCCAGAGCUCCAGAGAGCUGAUCCCAGCGACCCCUUUGAGUCUCCUGUAAUGGCUGGAGGUCUAUUUGCCGUUAACCGGAAAUGGUUUUGGGAGCUGGGAGGCUAUGAUCCAGGAUUAGAAAUAUGGGGAGGAGAGCAGUAUGAAAUCUCCUUUAAGGUGUGGAUGUGUGGAGGUGGCAUGUAUGAUGUUCCAUGCUCUCGAGUUGGACAUAUCUACAGAAAGUAUGUUCCAUAUAAAGUCCCUUCUGGAACCAGCCUGGCACGGAACCUGAAGCGAGUGGCCGAGACGUGGAUGGAUGAGUUUGCAGAGUACAUUUACCAGCGACGGCCUGAGUACAGACAUCUCUCAACUGGGGACAUCUCUGCCCAGAAGGAGCUGCGCAAGCACCUCAAGUGUAAAGAUUUCAAGUGGUUCAUGGCUGCAGUGGCUUGGGAUGUCCCCAAAUAUUACCCUCCUGUGGAGCCUCCACCUGCUGCCUGGGGGGAGAUUCGAAACGUGGCAGCCAACCUCUGUGUGGACAGCAAACACGGAGCCACAGGGACUGAGCUGAGGCUGGACAUCUGUGUGAAGGACGGCUCAGAGCGAACAUGGUCACAUGAACAGCUCUUCACCUUUGGUUGGAGAGAAGACAUCCGCCCUGGGGAGCCACUUCACACCAGGAAGUUCUGCUUUGACGCCAUCUCGCACAGCAGCCCUGUCACACUGUAUGACUGUCACGGGAUGAAGGGAAACCAGCACUGGAGCUAUAGGAAGGACAAAACUUUGUUCCAUCCGGUAAGCAGCAGCUGCAUAGAUUGCAACCCAGCUGAGAAGAAGAUUUUCAUGAACAGAUGUGAUCCUUUAUCUGAAACGCAACAGUGGAUUUUUGAACACAUUAAUAUGACUGUUUUAGAAAAAUUUAACAGCAAGGCCAAUUCCUAGAAGGAAAAAAAAAAAAAAAAAGAAAAAAUGAACACACCUAUUUACGUACAGACUGCAGACUACAUUUUUGCCAGCAUCUGGGUCAAAGGAGUCAGGAAUUAAAUUUCCUAGAUCCAGGAAAUCUGUUCUGAGGAUUAAGAAAAUGCCACAGCAAGAGCCAGCAGGCUGUCCUUGUGGAUAUACAGUAUCUGGAGAACUUGGCCAAGAGCCUCACCGGAUGCUGCUGAGAACUUCAGGCUGAAAAUUCCCUUGCUGGUCAAGGGAAAAACUUUGUUUAAAAACUGUUUAAAAGUACUCCAAGUUAAUAAAGUAAAACAAAACUCUAGAGUUUCUCAGGUCAAAUCCUGCUGUAGUGAGUAGCUCAGAACAGACGCUGUGAUUUGGGAUGGGUUUAUGGAGUGUGCAUGAUGCCUACAGGAACCUGAAGAAAUCCCAGGUUUUAGAAUUAAACAUGCUGGUAGAAGAAUAAUGUUGUCCCAGCAUUCCCUAGACAAGAUAUAUGCUCUGUUGACAUUCUCUUAAUAAAAGGUUGGGUUAAGCAGGUUUAACCCUCAGAACUGCUGCAAUUAAUUUUAAAUACCUCCCUUUUACAUUCCAUUCAUUACCAAAAUAGGAAUGGUAGAAAUUUUAGGGUCUAGAAUUACACUGUAGUGAAGCAUGAAAUAAACUGUAUGGUUUUGCCCUCACAUUUUCCCCCUUCAGGAAAAAUAAAGUAAAGCAAUCAAAUUUCUAUAUAUGAUAUAUUUAGCAGUUGUGAUUCAAAUCCCAUUGCACACAAGGUGAGAUUUUUUUUUUUUUUUUUUUUUGGUGACCAAUAUAACGGCAGCAGCUGCAGCAUAACAGAAGGCUUGUGGACUAUUUGUCUUUUUUAAAGGUAGAAUAUUUACCAACAUAAAAAUUAAAUUGAAAAUAGGCUGGGGAAAAAAAUCAGGAGGAGAGUGGGAAAUAAUUGCAUACUGCAUGCUAAACUAGGUUAGUCAAAUUAAUACUGGUAUGCUGCCAUCACCUAAAAGCAUGUUGACUCCCUGCAGUGCAGCUUAAAAGAUCUUGCAGUGCUCUUGACACACAGGAGCAAAGAGAAAAAUUGACAGGAAAUCACUUGGGUGGUUUUGGAGUUUUUGAAAUCUGCGAUGGAAAUCGUGAACAUUCCACAGCGAGCAAGUGAAUGGUAUUGUAGAUGUCAUGAGAGAGGAAACAAGAAGUGCAAGCAAGUCACACAUUACAGUGUUUUGGUACUUUUGGCACAGGCACCAUUCAGGGUAACAGAGACUUCCAUCACACUGAUGAUCACGAUGGGUCCCUCAGAUCUAUCAAGCUGUUAGAGAGAGAGGCCUCUAAAACAUUUUAGGUAGGGUGUCUAUUGCUCUUCUCAGUUCAUACUGAUGUGUGGAAUAUGACUGAUAGCUUUGAGAUUGUUCAAGGAAAGAGUGUGUAUAAAUUUAUAUCAAGUAAAUAUGUGGCUUUUGCUUGAAAGAUGAAUUUACAGAUGAAAGCACCAUAAAUGCAGAUAGAUCACAUCCUCUGUGCUGUAACUCCUUUCAGGUUCCAAAAAUAACAUUUGUAAUUAAGCUGCUAAUUUUGAUUGCUGGUGAGGUGACUGACUAACCAAAAUACUAAUGUGCAAUCUACCCUGUUUUAAGGGAGUGUAGUGACUGUGUUUUGUUUAUUUCUCCUUAAGCUCUGUUUAUGCACAAAGAGCAUUGAUUGCAUCCAGAGGAUGGUUCUAGUACCAGUGUGCUAUUUUAUAGAAGCAUCUUGUAGUUGCAGGUCAUAUGGAAGUUUUAGAAGGGGAACGAGGUCCUGCAGCAUUCAGGAUGCAUGCACUUGGGAAAUUGUGAAAUUUCCAAUACAUUGAGCAAUUGCUGCAACUUAUUGGAGAGAUCUUUCAAAUAAUUUAAAGGGAUGUGUCUAUAGAGUUGUCAUUUUAUGAUUUUAAAAUAAAUGAGCUUGCUUAGGUAUUGUUUAAAUUUAAUUUGAAGAUAUGGUGUGCUCAGGAACAGAGUAAGGUUUCAGUAUGAGGAUACUUCAUUGAUGACCAGGAUACUUUGUUUAGCUGUCAUAGCAUCAUUUAUUUGCAGCCUGAUCAUAAGGAAAGGGGGUUUGGAAAAAGAAGAAAAUGGCUGCCUCAAAUAUAAAUGCAGCCCUCAAGCUGCUGAUUGUAACUGGCCCCAAACUGUCACUCCUGGAAGCAACACUGUAUGCCCAAAAUAGAGAAGCAAAGGAGGAUUGCUAAACCAGAACAGAUUGGUAGGGUUUUGUCGUUCAGUGUCUGACUGCAUCUCACUGGUCUGAUUUUGAGAUGUCUGGUGGGAACUAGGCUGCUCUUAGGGCAAAGAAAUUCUAUGCCUAUUACAGCCCUUGUUGAGUCUUAUUACACAGCACCUUACACUGUCAAAGGAAGCCUUCUACUUACUUGUAGCUGAUCACAAAUUGUAAACUCUUGCAGUCUUUGUCCAGAAAGCAAUCCAUAUGACUAAUAGUCAGAUGAUGAGAGAACAGUCCUUGCACAGGACUCCUUCAACAAAAGUUUUAUUAAUAAUAAAUGAUCAUUGCUACCUUUCAGUUCAAGUGUUUCUUGGGUGUUCUCCAAAGGUUUCCACUGAUAAGAAUAUUUCAUUACUAAUUUGCCAUUCAGAAUUUCUUUUUAUUCUUCCUGCAACCAUAUCUUUUCCAGCCAAUAAACUUCUGAACAAUUUGAUAGGUUGGAGAGAUGUAUCUUCCUCUCAUAUUUCUCCAGGCGCGUUUAACACGUGUUUCUUCAAAAGACUAUGAAAUUUCUUCACAGAAUUUUUUUUUAAAUACCAGGUAGUUCUGAACACAUUUUAAAUGUAGUGCACAGAUGGCAUUAACUAAUGUGGGCUCAUCAUUUCAGGGGAGCUAUACUGAUUUCCCCAACUAAUUAUUUGCUUCCAUUUUUUUCGAUUGAUUAUUUUAUGGCUUUAAUCAAGAGGUCUGAAAAGAAGAUCUUUGUAUCUUCUAGAGUUCAUCAGCAUCUACCCUAAAUGUUUUCCAUUUAAGGUUAACUGACCUUUAUUUUUUGUGCCCAGUAAACUACUACAACUGGAGAAAAACUGAAAUAAACUCCAAGUGCAACUAAAACUCUGAAAUAACACAUCUUUCCCUGCAUAUCUUCCAGAAUCUAAACUAAAUAGAGGCCUUGGGGGACAGGGCUCAAAGGAGAGAGGAGAAGCUGGGAAACAAAGUCUUUAAUGUGUGGGAGAGUAGCCUUGUUGCAGAGACACGACAAGACUUCACUUUUCAUUGGCCUUAUGGCCUUCACAGUCUUAUUUCAGAAAAAUGAGAUUGCUUUAGAACGGAUGUUUCUGCAGCAGCAUGGAUAUUUUAAUGAUAUAAUGCAUUAUUCCUGGGUGUGAUCCAUUUAUGAAUAAAUGGUCUCUAAGUCUGAACUAAGUCUGUCUCAUGAUAAAGAUAGACUAAGCUUGAAAGGAAGCUGACAAGUACUUAACAACCUUUGAUUACUGGCAAUUUACCAGGCAUCAAUGUCUCCAGUGACCUUAGUGAAAUCUUAUGCCACAUAGAAGAAAUGUGUAUAAAUAGCUUGACCAAAUUGAUUAGAUAGGUGGUACUUCUGCAGGAAUGGUUGCUACCUUUGUAAAAAAAAAAGGUCAUAAUCACAAUUCAUUUGCAUUUUUACUGAUAACUUCUGCAAGGGACUGAUUGAGGGAGACCCUUUUAGCCUAUCUGGAUGGAUUGGAGAUGAAGCAUUUUAGGGAGUCAGUACUGGCAAGCAUUCAGUGUGGCUGACACCAGGGGUGCAUCCAUUUGCUAUUUAAAGAGCAUCUCUAAUGCUGAUAACCUAGUACCUUUCAAGAGAGAACACAGCAUAUAUGUUAAAAAAGGAAUAUGAUAAUGGUUUUAUUUUUCUUUUUUAAUCCAUCAAGGUUGUUAGGGAAAUAAUUUCAAAGCCCUUGAAAACAAUACAAAGUGAUCAAAAAUAGUGUUUUUAUAGUGAUGUUAAUUUAUUCGUUUGUUUAACCCGCUCCCAAAUAUGUUCCAUAUUCUCCUAAAAAGAGCACAAGGGUCCAAAAGUGCUUUUACAUAACAUUUUCAGGAUCUUGCCCUGUCUGAAAGUUUUGAAAAGCCUUCAAAAAUUAGGAAAUGUAAACCAGAAGGUAACAUAAAAACCCAAAGAAAAAUACCUAUUAUGUCUAGUGUACCAAGAGACUUUGCUAAAAGUUUGCUAAGAUAGUGUCUUUCGACUGGAAAAUUUUAGAGGAAUAAGUAAUAGAGUUAUUAAGUCUUUAGUAUGUGGUGCUUUUUAUUUAAGAUUUUUAAUUUUAAAAAAUGUAGUGAAUUUUGUGAUUAGUUGCUGACAAGUUUGGGUUUUUUUUUAACCACAUAUAAUACAUAAAUCUGUUCUUAGAUCUCCUGAAAUAUUUCUCUCCUCAUAUUUCCUUGUUAUGAUUCUGAAUGCACUGGAUUUAAGAAAAUCCAAACAUAUGAAAAAAAAAUCUCUAAAAGGUAAGAAACAUACAUAAAAACAAAUAACGAGAAAGUUUAGCUAGAGAAAUGCACCACAUUUCCAAAGCUUCAGCAGCAUUCAGAAAAUACA